CUUAUAGGGUAUAAUUGGAUAAGACAGCAUAUUUUCCAAUUUCUUAUUCAUUUUACCAUACAUUUUCAAUCUUAUCAUAUAUUUAUAUUUGUAUUUAUAUUUCCCAAAAGUAAAUAAAUAAAUAAAAACAUACAUACAAUUCUUAUCUCACCUUCUUACUCAACCAUUUGCCAUUCUUUCAUCUCCCUUUUUCUCAUUUUUGGUUCCUUUUUCUUACUUGUCCUUCAUUUCUACUGCAUCUUUCACUUUGCUCUUCCACAAGGAGAGGCAAAGAUGGCAGAUUGCAACAGAAAUGAAGACUAUUUCUCUUCCCAAGACCACCAGGCAACAUCUGCGGGGAAGAAAUAUGGGGGACUUGCACCAAAGAAAAAGCCUUUGAUUUCAAAGGAUCAUGAGCGAGCUUUCUUUGAUUCUGCAGACUGGGCACUCUGCAAGCAAGGGGCAGGAGUGAACCAAAAAUCCACAGCUGCUGUAGAAACUCUUCGGCCAAAGCUAGAGAGAACGCCACACCAGCAGCUUCCCCCAAGAAGACCUGCUUGUACAUCUGGACGGGAAAACCUGGCGGAGUAGGAUCCAUUUAAGAGAUCUAGUUAGCCAGCCCAAAGCAAAAGAAGUGUUUGUGUAAUUGUGUGGAAAGUAAAUUAUGUUGUUGAUGAUACAAUUAGAGAUAAUGCUUUGAUUUUCAAUAAGCCUUAUUAUAAUAAAGGGAAUCCAUUCCUUUGUACUUAGCCCAUUGCUCAUAGUCCCAACUAUUUCCUGUAAACAAUUUUCUAGGACAUGUGAAUAAGCAACAUAAACUUAUAUGUAUGCAUUUGAUGUUAUGUAUAAUGUAAUCAAUCACCAACUUUUAAUA